UGUAAUAGUGCAAUACCCAGCCGAGUUAAAAGUUCACCAACGAUUUGCAUUCAAUUAAAAAUGCCGAUGCCUGCACUCCGCGGUGCUGUACCCAUGCGAUAUGCCGCUUCGUUACUUCUAUUAGUAACCACCUUCUUUUCCUUUCCCUUCGAGAGAGCCAGCCCGAUUCGAAUUCGAUUUGGAAUUGGAAAACGUACGAUUAAAAUCUACCAUCCCAUUCGCGCCCGAUGUAUAGCUACAUCCAUAUUCGGACUUUUCGAACUGGAAACCAAAUCGCCCCCUAUAUAUACGACCCAGAAACUCACCCUUGAACCCCGCCGGUUAUUUUUAAGUGCAAUAAACCACCCGAUCCACCGACGACCUUCACCGACCGUGCAUGAGGACACAAAACCCGUCCCGUCCGCCAAACGGGAUCCCACAGGAAACGGAAAAUCGAUCGGAAUCCCACAAGGUCUGUGUCACGGCCGCCGCGACGCCGCGUUGCGGCGUCCGCGGGAGAGGGCGGCGCGGUGGCGACGUCACCGUCGCGGCGUCACGACGGCGACGUCACGGCGCCGGGCCCGGGGGAGCCGCACCGGCACCGGCAUAACGGGAUCGAUUAUCCGUGACGUCACUGCGGAGCUAUGA